GGGAGGGCCAUGGAUAAGCAGAGGAUGCCUGGCAGAAAGUUUGGGUCGAGCCGCCGGAAGCAAGCAAGGGGGACCUGGGGAAGCACACGGGUAUCUUCGAUCUCAGAGGAAGAGCCAUGCCUUUCUGAACUCAUGGAAAAGGUUCGGGACCUCUCCCAGGGACAUGGAAAAAAGGAAGGUUUCAUCACACGAGCUGAUAUGCAGAAAUUGGAGGCAGACUUUCCUUGGAGCACCAAAGAGCUGGAGCUUGUGUUUGAUGGCCUGGAUACUGACAGCAAGGGCUACUUAACCACAGAAGAGUUCACUGAGGGGCUUAGGUAUUUUCUGAGCUCACAGACGGUGGCAAGAGCGCACCGGAAGAGAAAGAUGCCUUCCGUAAAGGCUCCUACCCACCUGUCUCUGGAGGAAGCUGACACAGAGGAGCAAAUGUGCUUUAAGGCCUUCCUAAACCAACUGGGAGCUGACAACAUCUUUGAAGACCAGUCAGAAAUCUGGAAGAUUUGGGUGCAGCUCCGACAGGAUGAACCACAUCUGCUGGGAAACCUGAAAGAAUUCUUGGCUAAAAUGACACACUUGAUCAAAGAAUCGAGGGGCGCAAAAGAGACACUGCAGUUAAUACUGAAAACACGAGUGGCUGAUCACAACAAGGAGGUGCAGCAGUUAUAUGAGGAGCUGGAACAGCAAAUAGACAAGGAGACAAGGAGGCUGCAGCUUGAGAGUAAAACCCAAAGCCAAUUCCUCAGCGUGGAGAUGAAAGAACUGUUGGAUGCCAGGGAAAGGGAAAUACAGCAUUUCCUCGAUGUUCAAAAAGAGCUUGAGACACAGUUUCUCAGCCUUAGAGAAAAGCAGCACGUGGCCAGUACCCAAACCCAGGAGCUCAAACAAACCAACAAGGCCCUUGAGGACCAGCUACAAAAAACCCUCAAUCAGCUUCAAAAGACCCAAAGGCAACUGGAUUUCAUGAGGGGUAGAGUAUCUCAGUUACACAAAGAAGAGAGGGCACCUGGUGGUGUGGCAUCAAUGGCCAAAGCCGACUCAGAAUCUAGAACUACUAGAGUGAUCUCCAUUGAAGAGGAUCCUUGGGUAGACUCCGUUGUAGAACCAGAAAAAUAUUUCCCACAGGAAGUCGUGGACCAAAGCUCUUUGCUUAGAGAGCUGAAUGAUGCCAUAGCAGCAGUAAACAAGGUGUCUGAAUCAUCAAACAAUCCACAAAUAGAUAAGUUUGGUUUUCAGUUCUUGGGCCAAAUUAGAGAGAGUGGAAAUUCUCAGCAAAGAAAAAUGCAGGAAAAAAUAACUCCAUAUGAUGCUAGCUCCAGAAACCGUGAUCUGCAGAAGAGAAGCGCUGAGGCUCGUCCCGGUCGAGCUUCAUGGCAAAGAGAUGCUCUACUUCAAGAAAGACUAACUUGUGCUCCGGAGGUGAAGAAUGCAAACAUCUCUGAGCCAAGAAGGGAAGUCAAAACUCUAGAGUCAAAGCAGAGAGGAUGUAUUCUUGUCCCUGAAGUGAAGUCUUCUGUUUAUAAAGAGUUGACAAGUCCAGCCGGUGACUAUAAAGAAGACUCGAUGCAAGGAAAGUCUCUCAUUUUAGAACAGGCAAUCCAACUUCACGAGCAAGUUUUAAAGUGCAGUGGUGGCAGCCGGACUCAAUGGCCACCUGCAGAUUCUGAGCAGAGAGUGAUAAAGCAAUCUCCAGAAAUUAAAACAUCAGAGAAAAAGAUAGCUGAGACUCAACACCCAUCAGUGGAAGAUACGCCGCCUGCUCAUUCCUCACCCAGAAUAGCCUUACCCAAGUUGGAUGAAGGAUGUGAGCCAAAGAUCUCUGUUUUCCAAAACCACCAGUUAGAGAAUAUGCUCCAACCAGAGAUGCAAACACAAACCACGGAGGGUCUAGAAGUAACAUUAUCAGAAGACAAAAGAGAAGGAUGCAUGGAUUUGCCAGGGUGUAGGAAGAAUCAAGAGGUCAGGGUAGAAAUGGAUGAGGAAACAAAUGUCAAAGCAGAAGCUGCAGACUAUCCAGUGGAUGUGGAUGCAAAAGAUACUCCUAAAGACACCGCAGCUGUUUUCUUUUGUCCAGACCACAUGUAUAAUGUGCUCUUUGUUGGAGACUCUAAUGUUGGCAAAACGUCUUUUUUGCACCGACUGCAAGAUGAUUCCUUCGAUGCAAAUAUGACUGCGACUGUAGGAAUGGACUAUCGGAUCAAAAACCUCUUUGUGGAUAACAAGUGCUUUGCUUUACGCCUGUGGGACACAGCCGGCCAAGAAAGAUACCACAGUAUCACCAAGCAGUUCUUCCGGAAGGCUGAUGGAGUUGUAUUGAUGUAUGACAUCACCUCAGUACAUAGCUUUGCAGAGGUGCGGUACUGGAUGAAUUGUAUCCAGGAAGGAGCAGAAGAUGGAGUUGUUAUCUUUCUGCUUGGUAACAAAACAGACUGUGCUGCAGAAAGAAGAGUCUCUCCAGAGGACGGUGCAUACUUGGCCAAGGAGUAUGGACUCUCAUUUAAUGAAUGCAGCGUUGCCUUAGGUCAGAAUGUGACUGAAUCCAUGGUCAAAUUGGUAAGGUUGCUGAAAACUCAUGAAGAUAAGUUCAAGCAGGAGAUUUUGGAGCUUCCAGCGCCAUCUGGAAAGAAAAGAGGAUGCUGCUCAUAACCAAAAGGCAAAAGAUGAGAUGUUUAAAGCUAAUGGCUUUCAACAGAUCCUUGUGGCUGUUAUGCGGUUAGACAUGUUUUGUUCCCCCCUUGAGUCUGGUGCUCAGUCCACCUUAUAUAGAAUGGGAACCUUGCCAAUUUACAUUGGCCAGAUUUUACAUUGGUGUCCCAAGGCAGCUUUCAAACCUUAUAUCCCUCCAGAUCUGUUCUUUGCUCUGUAAACUUUCUUGACAACAGGCCAGAGAAGAAUCUCUAGUUCAUUCCAGUAAUUUCCGCCUCCCAAUACCAAGCUAGUUGCUAUAAGCAAUUCUCUCCUGAAAGAUGUGCCUUAUUAUGCCAAUCAACAAACAUAUUCUGAUUCUGAACAAAUUAGUUGUUUGCUCCUUCUCUUUUCAUUCUUAUAUAACUCUGUAAGCUUUGCAUAUUAAUACACUUUCAAUUCCUACGCUGUCAUGGUUGGUAAAUUCUUUCUCAAUGUUUUGUUUAGCAUGAUUUUGCUGUUAACAGAGGGGUGGUACUUGGAGUAAAGCCUUAGAAGCUGAUCUGAGGGCACAGGCAGGUUCAUAUAGGACAAAGCACUCACUAAAGCACAUGGUCCUCAACAGUUUUACAAAUAUUUUAAAAUAAUAAGAAUAAUCAGUAUAGAUUCACUUUUAGAAAAAAUGUAAGUAUGUGGUAUUCAAGUUAAACAAGAACAGUUGCAAAGCUAUAAUGUUUUCAGCUAGAAAACUGUAAUGCAGAGCUUUCCAAAAUGUGUGUAGCUACACGUUAAUGUGUCGGCUGCAGUGUGUAGGUGUGUUGC